GGCUGCCCCGUGUUUGGGGGACGGGGCCCUGUGUGGUGUCCUCCCUGCUCCGGGGUCUCCGAACGGAAGCCUGCCCUUCGCCUGCCUCCCCAGGUGCCCCAGAUGGUGCACCCCGACCUCCGAGCCCUGGGUGUCUGCCUGCCUGCGGGUGGGCUGGUCCUGCCCCCUGGAGGGCGGGCGCAGCAGCACUGUGUGCACCCAGAUCUGAGGCGCGGGGCACGGCCAGAACACCCUGACUCGGGACCAGAGGCCUCAGCGGCCCCAGCCCACCCCAGGCCUGGGGGGGAGGACGAGGGAGGACGGGAGAGCCCCGGUUCAGAGGCCCCGUGGCCAACAGUGCCCGCUGUCCCUGCUCUGCCACAGGGUGGAGGUCAUCGCCAAGCAGCUCGGGGGGCUGAGAGAGCAAGAGAAACGCAUCCGGGGCCUGGAGUCACAGGUCAACUACUGCACGGUGCUCCUGGCCUCCGUGGCCGACAGGCUGCCCCUGGGCAGUGCCCACCACAACUCUUGGAACUUGGCCGUGGGGAGUCGGCAGGCUCCUGCUGAGCGUGGAGGGGCCGGGGGAGCAGAGACCACCCAGAGGCCGGCCGGCCCGCUGCUCUCGGACACCUGAGCCACUUGGACCGUCAGCACACGGGCCCCCUCUCCCGGAGCCCUAGGCCCAGACCGGGUGGGUGGGGGCCAUGGCCCUUGGCAAGCUAUCCCAGGUCCAACCCACACACUGUGCCCCCCCAUGCCUUCAUCAAAAGGAGCCUCAGAGCUGCCCGCCAGCUGGCGCCAGGACAGCGAGCGCUCACCGAGCCCCGUCCACCUCCCGCCUUGGGGCCCACACCAACCUACCCCCUACCCAACCCCCACCUGCUAAGAAAGUGAUGGCUUUGACGUGCCGGCUGGAGCGUCUGCCUGUGCCUGUCGCUCCCGCCCGCGCCCCCUGAAGGCGGCUUCACCUGGGACGGAGCCUGGAGAACAGGCCUCACCCGGUCUGCACCCCACACCCGUGGGCCCUGGGAGGCAUUCAGGUCGCCGAGUUGUGGACCCUGUGCCGCGAGAAAGGCUCCCUGGCCCGUGGGUUGGGGUCAAGGCGCCCCCGCCCCCAU